AAGCAAUUGUAUUCUAGGUUUUAACUUAUUUAAGCCAAAGAUGGUUUUCAAUUUCAUAAUGCUGUAAUGUAAAGAAACGUGUUGUUUUACUGCAAAAUUGUUUAAUGAAGUUGAACACAAUGUCGACAUCUGCCAAAAUUGUAAAUGGUAGAACUUCAUCAAGUAUGCCAUUACUAAGUGCAGAAGAAUCAAAUGUUGACAAUCAGAAUCUCGAAGGAUCUUCUAGUGUGAGUGGAAGCUCAUUGAAUAGUGAUAAUAAUUCAGCUGGAGAAGAUGCUUCCAGAAGUAGUCAAAGAACUGAAACUGAAAACAAUGAAAAAGAUCUUUCAAUUUUACAAGGAGUUGUUUUACUUGAAGAUGCAAUUUAUUAUCGGAGUAUUCAUCACAGGAUGGACGCCUUUUCGAUUCGUUUGUAUCGCUGGUACCAUUCGUCUCCGGUGAAAUGGUCAAUUUAUGCUGUUAUAUUUUUUCUUCUUUUUCUUGCAUUUUUGGAAGAACCCUCUUCACUAGUUUGGUCAACUGAUCCUCGACAGCAACUCACAAGAUACACAUUUCCUGCUGGAUUAUUGGAAGGAGUUGAGUUUGCUUGUUUGUUAAUGUUGCUGACAUCAACGAUUAUACAAUCUUAUCUUGCUGCAGAUAUGCAAAACAAACGAGACUUCCCAAAGAAGCAGCCAUGGUUAACAGGGAGUUUCAUUGUGGUGUUUUUGGCGCUUACAGAUAUCAUUAUAUCACUGGCUCUCGGAAAUAAUGUUUAUAGAUGGAGAUUUCGACGACUUUUACGUCCAUAUUUCUUGGCAGGAAGUUCAACAAUGUUAAAAAAAACACUGAAAUGCAUACGAAACACAUUGCCUGAAAUAGCAUCUGUUUUAACUUUGUUACUUUUACAUGUUUACUUUUUUAUGAUGCUGGGAAUGUUGUGCUUCCCAAGGGGGGGUCACAGAAGUGUUGGGAAUGAGACACACAGUGAAUUAAACAAUACAGAAUGGAGGGAGUAUUUUAGAUCGAUCGAUACUGCAUUCAUGUCAUUACUUGUGUUGUUAACAACAGCCAACAACCCAGAUGUUAUGAUGCCGUCUUAUUCAGAUAACAGGCUUUAUGCAAUUUAUUUUAUUGUGUUCUCUCUUAUUGGAACAUAUCUCAUUUUCAAUCUUCUUACUGCUGUUGUUUAUAACCAAUUCCGUGGGUAUUUUCAGAACUCGAUGCAGUCAAGUCACUCAAGGCGCUGUGUUGCAUUUUCUGCUGCUUAUGUGGUGUUAUCAGACAGUGAACUUCAUGGAACAACAGACUCGGUAGAAGACGACGAACCUUCUACUUUGAUGGAUCAUGAUAACAUGAGCACUGUAAGUAUGACAAAGUUGAAGAAAGUUCUAUCUCAAGUUUCAAUGCGACCUGAACAACGCACAGCAGUCCAUCACAAUAUAUUGAAUCUGGGUUCUGAUUUAGAGAGAAUUAAUAAGGUCGAUUUUCAUCAAGUGUUCAGCAAUAUUGAUUCUCUUGUAACUUCUGAAGUUUUACGAGUUGCAUCAAUGGAAAUGUCAGAUAGAACAUGUCGGAAAAGAGUUCAAGUUCUUGUUCUACAUCCUGCAUUCAAUAUUAUUGGCAACAUAAUGGUCUUGUUAAAUGCAAUUCUGGUCACUGUCGAAAUUGCAAUUCAUUAUGAAAUAGCCUUUCGAGAAGUUUUCAGUCGACUCAAUGUAGUAAAUUAUAUUUUUGCAGCAUUUUAUUUAGUUGAACAAAGUUUGAAAGUAAUUGCUCUUGGAAAAAGAUAUUUUUUAACUUUAAGUGAUGUUUAUGAUGGAAUGAUCACAUUGGCUUUAAUCAUUGUUGAAACAAUACAACUCGCAAGAUAUGGAGGGAAGCCCGAUGCAAUAAUAGUUACUGGAAUAUCGUUAUGGGAUUUAGCAAGAAUUAUCAACAUCUUGGUUAUAUUGAGGUUACUAAGAAUCAUUCCAAACUUCAAACCAAUGGCUGUUGUUACAACAACUCUGCUUGAAAUUAUGAGAAAUCUCUCCUCAUUCGCUGGAGUUCUAGCAAUCAUUUAUUAUAUAUUUGCAAUCAUUGGAAUGAUAUUUUUUGAAGGAAAAACUGAUCCGCUGACACCACCUGCUGUUAACAAUUCGAAUUCAACAUUUCAUCAUCUUGCCCAACCUGAUCAUUUCAAAUGUGGAACGUUUGAACAGCUCCAAUAUUGGGCUAACAAUUUUAAUGACUUUGCCUCUUCAUUGGUUGUUUUAUGGGAUGUUAUGGUUGUCAAUAACUGGGGUGUCUUUUUGGAUAUGUAUACUCGUCGUGUCGGAGAAUGGUCACAAUUAUAUUUCAUUAUAUGGUGGAUUGUAUCUGUUGUUAUAUCAGUCAAUCUAUUCAUCGCUCUGAUUUUGGAUCAUUUUAUAGCGAAAUGGGACAGGGUACAUGAAGCUCAUCACCUACAACGUCUUGGGAGACGGGGCACAGUGCAAGCUCUGUUCCUUUCAAGUAUGCAUGAUCCUUCACCAUCAGAAAUAAACAAAGAACUAUUGAAGCACCCAUAUUUAAGAUGGCACGUUUCAUCACCAUCAUGAUAAAAAUAUGGCUGUUGUCACUAAACUGACUGCACUUGAUAAGAUAAAAUCUCUUGUUGCUUAUAUGUAUAGAUUAAAAGCUUUUAUCCAUUUUGUCACUGUUACUUGUAUUUUUAUCUCCAUUUUGGAUUUUAUUGAUCUAUCAUUGAAGUUUCAUCUUUUCAUCUUAGAUGAUUUUAUUUACCUUCUUCGAUAUAUAAAUCAUUUUGGUCCCGUUUGAUCUAUUAGUUAAAAUCCGGCUGUAAGCUCGAAACAGAUCAUGAUAGUAGUAAUUUCUUGAAUUACAUUGAAGAUUGUUUUUAAAAAAUUUCUGAAUAUUCGCUUAGGAAAAAUAUAAUUAUAAAUAUAUAUAAUUAUAAAUAAUUAUAUUUUCAGUGGUGUGGGAAACCACCAACCAAGUCAAACUCUUCAUCUCAAGAGGCUUUCAAUUUAAGUUAUGCUAUUUUAAUUUCAAUUUUAAUAAUCGAACCUUUGAUGUGUGUUUCACCAAGUUUUCUCCAUUACUAAACCGACUUUUUAUGAAAAAGUAUUGUCUACUUUUUAUCUUUUCUUCUGAACACUGCAUUAUUAUUUCUUGCCACUGAAGUUUUGUAACACUUUGUCAUAUUUGUCAAUGGUUUUGUUUGUAGGAAUUUAAAAUUGGUAUUCAAGUUUUUAUUAGAGUUUACUAUAUAAAAUAAUAGAUUUUAUUGGGAAUACUUGACCAGUUUUGUUUUGUAGAUCACUUUAUUUUCCUUUCUGAAUUUAGCUUGUGAUAUGCUAACAAAAGCUUCCAGCAUAUGAAGUUUGAACUAAACAGCAUAAUUUGCCAUUGUACAUUUUGUUCUACAUUGUCCAUUUUCACUUUUAUAAUCAGGUGUUGACAAAUCGCUAGUUCUACCUCUGGCCAAAUAUUGGUAUAUUCACAAAAACCACAGUCACCGAUGAUAAUUUUUCUAAAUUGAACUGAUCUCUAUAUAAUUUUUUUUUGUUUUAAUUUUAUUUGCAUAUUAAUUUAGCUUUGCCACUUGUCAUGGAAAUACUGUUAUUUCUUUCAAUUGUUCUUUUUUUGAGUGUGCCCCAAACAAUUAUCUCAUACCAUAUAUCAAUAAGGCAAGAGUUAUUCUGGUCAAUACUGUUAACAAACUAGCUGUUUUGAAUUUAACAAAAACUAUGAUUUUUGGAAAUAUCAUCAUGAUUUGCUGUUGCUGCGUAACACAAUACCAUUGACGAUUUUUCUGCAAUAAAUUUGCUUUGUAACUUCGCGGAGCAGCUUUAUAAAAAUGUGUUUCUUGACAAUGUACUUGGUCUUAUUUUUUUAGUCAAUUAUUGCAUAACCACAAAUUAAUUAAUGUAUUGGCUGGUGCAUUUACACUCCUAGUAUGUCAUUAUUCACACCCCACUUUUUAUCGGUUUCGCUAUUUAUGGCGACAAUGACUACAGGAAGAAGUAAUUUAUUUCUAUGUAAUUGUGUUCUGUGUUUGCAGGUAUAUCAACAUUUUGAGUUUUAUGAAAACUUUAUUGUAAUAUGACAAGAUUUUACAUCGUUUCAUUCAGAACAUAUAUUUGAAAAGUUAUGAAUAGAAGGUAAUAGUUCAACUUCGUUGGUUUAUCUUUUUAUAAUUUGUAUGAUUUUAUUAGUUUUUAUUGUCCUCUGAAACUGACAUUUUGUUGUAUGAUAAUUAAAGAGACUCAGAAAUGGUGA